AUGCAUGUGUCUCAUGGAGAGCAAGAGGGGGCAGAUUUCCUCAAUUUUUACCCCGUAGCUGUCCUGACAUCAUGUGACUUUAACAACGACAACGCUCCUUUCUGCCAAUUUCGGCAAGACAUUAAUGAUGACAGCGAUUGGACCCGCCAUCGCGGGCCAACACCCACCAAUGGCACCGGACCAGAAGGGGACUACCCCAAUGGCGAUGGUUACUACAUUUACCAUGAGUGUGACAAUGUGGCUAGUAAACAGACAGCUCGCCUGAUCAGUCCUGCACUCCACAGCAGUUUGCCUCAAAUAUGUGUUCAGUUCUGGUACUAUAUGUACGGUAGUGACCACCUCAACCAUCUAGCUGUUCUGGUCCAUGACUCUGGCACAGAGGAGAAGGUUUGGGAGAAAGUGGGUUUCCAGAGUCCUUCUUGGCUCGGAGCUGAUUUGACCGUGACGAGACCUGUUGGCCAGACUGUCAAUAUUGUGUUUGAGGCUAUGAGAGGCACCACAUCAUCCUGUGACACAGCUCUAGACAACAUAACUAUCAGUGAAGGAGCUUGCCCUGGCUGUUUGUCAGAAUGUGACUUUGACACCUUCGAUGACUUGUGUGGCUGGACAACUAAAGCACCAGCAGGAAUCUUUGGCUGGGAGCAGUGGCCUGGGUCCACAGAAACAGAGGGAACUGGGCCAGAUGACGACUACUCCAAGCCCGGAUUUGGCCUAUACCUACUGUUGGACUCGAGCUUCGCCAAGGAAGGAGCGGCAGCGGAGCUCUUAAGCCCUGCCACUUCCUCAGCAGGCUGUCUGCAGCUCUCUUUCCACUACUACAUGUAUGGUACUGCCACCACUAUGACGAUCAAUGUCUACGCUGUCCCUGCCGGAGGCACACUGGGAGCCCCCCUGAUGAGUUUAAUAGGGAAUCAAGGGCGGGGCUGGAAGAAGGCAGAGGUGCACUACGUCGGCACAGGAGACAUACAGUUUGUGAUCCAAGGUAUCUAUGGAGAGACCGACAAGACAGACCUGGCUGUGGACAGUGUCUGUAUUACAGCAUGUCAAGGAUCAUCAACUACCAGUAAACCAUCAACCACAUCAACAGCAACCACGACAAAACCACCAACAACCACCACUAAACCACAACCAACAACUCCCCCAGUGAAAUGCCCCCCCAACUCCCAAUACAUUCAUUGCGGACCAGCAUGCAUCCCAAGCUGCCAGGAGCCGUCCAGCAACUGCACGGGGUCCUGCAUCAGCGGCUGCUUCUACUUCAUGGGCAACUGCAGCUACCUGCUGGCCAAGCCGUGCAACACCACCUUGGCCCCACCUUUCGCAGUGUAUGCCGACAACGAGAACCGCUACAACGUCCUGUCCGUCAGCUACCUGAAGGCUGUGCAUGUGCACACCCUGGGAGUCGUCGUGUCGAUCUUGAAGGGUGGAGUGGUGCAGGUGAAUGGGACCACGGUGAACCUGCCUGCCAGCCCGGCAAAGGGGCUGUCUGUCUUCCAGCAGGGGACACUCUACACAGUGGUGGCAGAUUUUGGGGUGACUGUGCGCUAUGAUGGCAACCACUACAUGGACAUCAAAGUUACCAGCGACUACAAGAACAUUCUUUGUGGUUUGUGUGGUGACUACAAUGCAAACCCCAAUGAUGACUUCCGUACUCCCACUGGUCAACUCGUCACCAAUGCCAAUGAGUUUGGCCACAGCUGGAACUCUGAUCCUAACUGCAACAAGAAACCCAAUGAGACCAUCCCUGAAUGCACAGACGACGAGCUGGAUGUGUUCCAGAGUCCAGCAUAUUGUGGAAUCUUGCUGGACAACAAGGGACCAUUCGCUGUCUGUCAUCCAAGGGUCAACCCCAAUAAAUUCUUCAAAGAUUGUCUGUUUGACCUCUGCGCUCUGGGUGGAGCUCAGUCAUCAUUGUGUGAGGCUCUGGAGUCCUACGUCAAGGAGUGCCAGGACCGAGGAGUUGAUGUGGGGCCCUGGAGGAAUAGCACCUUCUGUCCUCUACGCUGCCCCCCUAACAGCCACUAUGAGGUGUGUGCCCCCGUCUGCCCUCCAUCCUGCACCCCUCCCAGUCCAGAGCAGUGCAACAGCCCAUGUGCAGAGGGAUGUGUUUGCGACCCAGGAUACGUCUACAGCUCAGGGCAGUGUGUCAAACGAGAGACCUGUGGCUGUCAGUACAAUGGGCAGUACUACCAGCCCGGAGAAGAAUUCUACACCGAGGGUUGUCAGUCAAAAUGCAAGUGUGAGGGUGGUGUUGUGACUUGUAUAGAAGGUUCAUGUCCUCCACAACACAUCUGUGAGCUUCAGAACGGACAGCUUGGCUGCUACCCUAUCUGCCAGGAGCCGUCCAGCAACUGCACGGGGUCCUGCAUCAGUGGCUGCUUCUGUGACCCAGGCUAUGUGUACCGCGGAAAACGCUGCGUGCCCCUUCACGAGUGUGGCUGUUUAGAUGAGCAUGACAAUUAUUACGAGUCGGGAGAGAUUGUCUUUGGUGACGGCUGCUCCAAGCUAUGCCGUUGUGCUGGAAACUACACACUCAGCUGUGUGGACAACUCCUGUAUUCCCACGGAGGAGUGUCGAGAAGUCAAUGGCGUGUCCAGCUGCUACCCCAAAGACUCAUCCACCUGCAUAGUGUCAGGAGACCCCCACUAUACCACAUUUGAUCGACGUAACUACGACUUCAUGGGCAACUGCAGCUACCUGUUGGCCAAGCCAUGCAACAGCACCUUGGCCCCACCUUUCGCAGUGUAUGCCGACAACGAGAACCGCUACAACGUCCUGUCCGUCAGCUACCUGAAGGCUGUGCAUGUGCACACCCUGGGAGUCGUCGUGUCGAUCUUGAAGGGCGGAGUGGUGCAGGUGAAUGGGACCACGGUGAACCUGCCUGCCAACCCGGCAAAGGGGCUGUCUGUCUUCCAGCAGGGGACACUCUACACAGUGGUGGCAGAUUUUGGGGUGACUGUGCGCUAUGAUGGCAACCACUACAUGGACAUCAAAGUUACCAGCGACUACAAGAAUGUUCUUUGUGGUCUGUGUGGUGACUACAAUGCAAACCCCAAUGAUGACUUCCGUACUCCCACUGGUCAACUCGUCACCAAUGCCAAUGAGUUUGGCCACAGCUGGAACUCUGAUCCUAACUGCAACAAGAAACCCAAUGAGACCAUCCCUGAAUGCACAGACGACGAGCUGGAUGUGUUCCAGAGUCCAGCAUAUUGUGGAAUCUUGCUGGACAACAAGGGACCAUUUGCUGUCUGUCAUCCAAGGGUCAACCCCAAUUUCAUCUCUCUCUCCCUGGCUGGUCAAUAUGUCACCCUGCAGACCACCUUUGGUCUGACUGUGCGCUGGGAUGGCAACCACUAUGCUCAAAUCUCUGUCCCCAGCUCCUACUCUGAGCAAAUGUGUGGUCUCUGUGGAGACUACGAUGGAAACUCCAACAAUGACUUCAAAAAGCCAGGUGGUGCAUUAGCUGGUAACUCGGGUGAGUUUGGCAACAGUUGGCAGACAGAAGAGGAUGAAGAUGACAGGUGUGAGUCUGACAACAAACCUGACCCAUCUUGUGACCCCAGUCUGGAAGCAGAGGUUUCCAAACCUGAGAAAUGUGGGAAGCUGAAUGACACUCAGGGACCAUUUAGGGACUGCAUAAAGGUGGUGGACCCCCGACCAUACUUCCUCAGCUGUGUAUAUGACAUGUGUCGUUACGAAGGACUUCUGCAGACCUUGUGUGACCAGUUGCAGGCAUACACAGAUGCCUGUUUGAGUGCUGGAGCGCCUGUCCACCAGUGGAGGGACCCAGACUUUUGUCCUCUGCCAUGCCCACCCAACAGCCACUACUCCCUGUGUGUGAGCUCCUGUCCGGAGACCUGCGUGGGGCCGAAUGUAGGAGGGCCGGGCUGUGUAGAACGCUGUGUGGAGGGAUGCCAGUGUAAUCCCGGAUUUGUUCUCAGCAACGAUCGCUGUGUUCCUCUGAAAGACUGCGGCUGUGUGGACCCUCAGGGCGCUUACCACCCAGCUAACGAGAGCUGGUACGUGGAGAGUUGUACCCAGAGAUGUCUGUGUCGAGGAGAAGGAGUGAUUGAGUGCCACGAAAGUAGCUGUGGCCCUUCAGAGUCCUGUCAUUUGCAAGAUGGAGAAUAUGGUUGUCAUCCUUUAGAUGAUGGAAUUUGCUCUGUUUCCGGUGACCCUCACUACGUCACGUUUGAUAAGAAAGUCCACCAUUUCCAAGGCUCUUGUUCUUACACUUUAACCCAACCUUGCGAUGCCACAUCUGGCCUGCCAUACUUCUCUGUUGACACCCAGAAUGAGCACCGAGGCACUAACAAACACGUUUCCUACAUUCGUGCCGUCGUCGUGAAAGUUCAAGGGCUGGAGAUUGUUUUGGGCAAAGGACGAAGGAUACUGGUGAAUGGUGUUCGAGUUACACCACCUGUUUCUUUGCCUGGGGGCGUCAAAGUCUACCUCAGUGGCACAUUCGUGGUGUUGGAGACAGAUUUUGGGCUGCGGGUGCGAUAUGAUGGGAAUCACCACGCUGAUGUCACCCUGCCAUCCUCCUACUGGGGGCUCCUGUGCGGUCUUUGUGGGAAUUAUAAUGACCAGCCCAGCGAUGACAAUCUGAAGCCGGACGGCAAACCGGAACCAAACACAGACCUGCUGGGAGAAAGCUGGCAGGUCUCUGACAACCGCACUGACUGUUCCCAUGAUGGGGGAGUGGACAAGUGUGAUGAAAAGGUGGAGUCUGAAGCCAAGAAACCCACCAGCUGUGGCAUGAUCACAGACCCCAACGGCAUUUUCAAGCCCUGUCACUCAGUGGUGCCCCCUGGUGUGUAUUAUGAGAACUGCGUCUACGACCAGUGCGGUACUGGUGGGGACACUGUGGCCCUUUGCCAAGCCCUCCAGAGCUAUGCAGACCUGUGUGCCCAGGCCGGUGUCCCCAUCCCCUGGAGAAACAACACAUUUUGCCCACUCAAGUGCCCCGUGGGCAGUCAUUACACCCACUGCGGUACAGCCUGCCCCCCUACCUGCCAGGUCCUUGACUCUGCCAACACGUGUGAUCAGCCAUGUGUGGAGGGGUGUGAAUGUGACACUGGCCUGGUGCUCAGUGGGGACAAGUGUGUCCCCCUGAGCCAGUGUGGCUGCACAGACAAGGACAACAACUACCAUCCGGUGGGAGGUGCCUGGUUCCCCAUGCCCGACUGCUCGGAGCGCUGCAUAUGCAGAGGCCACAACAGCAUCGCCUGCGACCCGUGGCAGUGUGGCCCGGCACAGGUGUGCGGCGUACAGGAAGGCCAGCUUGGCUGUCACUCCACAGGGCAGGGUGUGUGCCAUGUGGCAGGUGACCCUCAUUACUACACCUUUGACGGCGUAAUGCACACCUUCAUGGGCACCUGCACUUACACACUGGUGAAGGUAUGCAACAGCAGCCAGGUGACGCCCUUCACCAUCGUUGCCAAGAACGAGGAGCGGGGCCAGCCUGAAGCCUCCUACGUGAACUCGGUCACCAUCAGCCUGCCAGCCAUCAACAUCACGCUCAGCAAGGCCAACAGGGUGCUGGUGGAUGGACGUAGAAUCCGCACCCCCUUCGCCGUCACCCAAGGCGGGGCCAGGAUUUCAAGCAGCGGUGUCUACAGCGUGCUCAACACGGACUUCGGACUCGUGGUGAAGUUUGAUGGCGUGCACCAUCUGGAGAUAACCAUACCUGGGGAUUACUUUGAUAAGGUCUGUGGCAUGUGUGGGAACUACAAUGAUGACUCCAUGGAUGAUGACCUGAUGCCCAGCGGCCAGCCAGCGAAGGAUGUGGUUGAACUGGGUAACAGCUGGAAAGCGGAGGGAGACAGCGACCCUGGCUGCCAGCCAGACGACAGGGAGGACCUGAACCCAAAGUGCACUGAGGCGCAGGAGCUGCAACUGCGCUCCCUGUGCGCAGACGUGCUGCUGUCCGAGCACUUUGAGCCCUGCCAUGUCCUGCUGGCCCCGAAGCCCUUCCUGGACAACUGCGUGUACGACAUGUGCGAGUAUGACGGCAUGCAGGAGACGCUGUGUGACAACGUGGAGGCCUACGCCCAGGCCUGUCAGAGUCUGGGCAUCACCAUCAGCUGGAGGAACGACACCUUCUGCCCUCUGCCAUGCCCUCCCAACAGCCACUACUCACCCUGCGCCGCCCCCUGUCCCCCCACCUGUGCCGACCUGUUCUCCUCCGGCUGCCUGCAGCAGCCCAGCGCCUGUGUGGAGGGCUGCCAGUGCCAUGCCGGCCACGUGCUGAGCGACGGUCGGUGCGUGCCGCUGUCCAGCUGCGGCUGCGUGGAUUCCGACAGCGAGUACCACGACGUGGGCGACAGCUGGCUAACUGAGCACUGCGAUGAGAAAUGCAACUGCUCGCUGGGCGCAGUUCUUGCCUGCAUGCCGUUUAAGUGCAGCGAGCACUCCAUCUGCGCACUGGAUAAAGACGGCAUCCGCUCCUGCAGGCCGGAGAAGUUCAGCAAGUGCAGUAUUUCAGGCGACCCACACUACCGAACCUUUGAUGGGUUCAAUCAUCAUUACCAAGGCCUCUACACCUACGUUUUAACCCAGGCCCACAAUGUGGCCAGCUCUCUGGAGCCCCUAGUGAUCCGGGGGAAGAAUGCACGAAGAGGUAGCAACAGGCGAAUCACCUUUUUGCAUGAGCUGUACAUGGAUGUGUAUGGUGUCAACGUGCGCUUCUUACAGAAGAGGAAGGUGCUGGUGAAUGGAGAGAUGAUCCACCCACCCCUGACGCCCAGGCAGGGCCUCAGUGUCACCCUGAGCUCCCGCGGUGUGCAGCUCGCCACUGACUUUGGCCUCAACGUACGCUUCGAUGGCAACUACCAAGCAGAGGUCAUCCUGCCCAGCACCUACAGGGGUGCGGUGCUGGGGCUGUGUGGGAAUUUUGACGGACGGGCCAACAACGAGUACACGAAGCCGGACGGCACUCAGACCCGCAAUAUCAACGAGUUUGGGGACAGCUGGAGAGUCAGUGACCGUCAGGGCCCUGCCGCUCCCUUGGCCAGCCCGGACCAGGCGCCGCACCUGCACAGGCGGGAGGUGGAGCCAGAACCUGGCGACGGGUUCGAGACACUGGGGUGCACUGAGGCUCAGCUGAGCACACUGAAUGGCACUGACCAGUGCGGGGCGCUCUCGGACCCCGAUGGACCCUUCGUGGCCUGCCAUGACAUCCUCGAACCCGACCAGUUUCAACAGGACUGUAUAUUUGAUCUCUGCGCCGAGCAGCAAGACCCACAACUGCGCUGUGACAGCUACAAGGUAUAUGCCGAGGCCUGUCAGGAGGAGGGCGUCAAACUCGGGCCCUGGAGACAGCAGCUGGGUUGUGCCCUGUCUUGCCCAGGAAACAGCACAUAUAGCAGCGGCAUGACGGCCUGCCCAGCGUCCUGCGGCGACCUCUCUGCCCCCUCGGCGUGCGCUGAGCCUUUCCUCACGGAAGGCUGCCAAUGCGCCUCCGGCUUCACCAUGAGCGGCACCGAGUGCGUCCCCUACACCCAGUGCGGCUGCAGAUACCUGGGAAGAUACUUCCUGCUGAAUGAGAGGUUUGUGACGGAGGACUGCUCCCAGAGCUGCCAGUGCACGCCGACCGGGGCGGUGUGCCAGCCAAAGAGCUGCCCUGAGCAUUACGUCUGCACCAUCUACGACUUCGUACGCGACUGCUACAAGCCGAGCCCGUGCUUCAGCUACCCCUGUCUGAAUGGAGGCAAGUGCAAAGACGAUGAGGACACCUUCACCUGCCAGUGUCCCGAGGGCUUUGAGGGCUCGCACUGUGAGAUAGAGAAGGUGGAGAGCGACGGCCUCGAUAAGCUGACAGUGAUUCUGAUUGGAGUUCUGGUUCCUCUCGGGGUGAUAAUCAUCGCCUUGAUAUGCUGUUGCGUGUACAAGAGCAGCAGGAAAAGGCAGAAGUAUGAAAACAAAGAACUUCUAAUGGACAGAACACGAGAUUCUUUUGAUGUAGAUAUGGACUCUGAGACCACAAGGAAGGUUACUGUAACAAAGUUUUGAAGAAUGGAUUGAGCAUUUCACAGGAAAAAAAUAACCAUUCUAUAUUUACUUCUGUUUAGGGGUGUUAAGGGUGGUUAGAAUAUUCCGGUACCUGAAAGCCAAACAAACACCUAGUUCGUAUAUAUUCUUUUCAUCAGUACUGUAAUUGUAUUAUGCCAAUUUGACUUCAUGUUUGCCAUUUUAUUUAUUUAAAACCUCUGUAAUCUGGGCUGAAAGCAAUUAAAUAAAACUAUUGCACUGUGAAA